AUGUCCAACAAGCGGCCUACCAUGGAGCUCGGCUCCGUCCUGGUUGUCGGAGGCUGCGGCUUCCUGGGCUGGCACAUUGUCGACCAACUGCUCAACUUCCCCUCAGAAACUGAUCCCAGCGUCGCUCUUCCGAAACCGCAAGGCGAUUCUCGAUUUGAUUAUCCUCGGCUGGCUGACCGAUACCCCAGAUCCGUCGCGAAGGUCUCCGUUGUCGACCUGCGGACAACAAACAACCGGCUGCCAGGCGCACAAUACUACGAUGGCGACAUUACCUCCGAAGAAUCCAUGCUGAAGGUUUUCCGUGCAGUCAAGCCCGAUGUGGUCAUCCACACCGCGACGCCAAACGUGUUGGAGGGAAACAAAGAACUGCUGCGCAAGGUCAAUGUUGAUGGGACCCGGACGUUGGUGGAGGUUGCGAGCGGCGCGCGUGGGGACUGGGGUGGGAAGUGCAAGGCCUUUGUGUACACGAGCUCUUCCUCUGUCGUGCACGACACCCAGAGCGAUCUGAUCAACGUGGACGAGGAAUGGCCGCUGAUCCGGGGCAAGCUGCAACUGGAGUACUACUCCGAGACCAAGGCCGACGCCGAAGAACUCGUCCUCCAGCAUAAUCGUGUUGCCCCCUCGUCGAUGGUGACCUGCGCGCUCCGCCCAGCAGGCAUUUACGGCGAAAAAGACACCACGUUUACGUUUAAGAUUCUGGAGCACUCCUCCAAAGCUUCACCGACGGUUCUACGUAUGCAGCUGGGUAGCAACAAUAACCUUUUCGACUUCACUUACGUCGGCAACGUCGCCUACGCUCAUCUGCUUGCGGCGUACCGUUUGAUUGCCACUCAUGACCGGUAUGAGGCUGGUCAGGGCGGACCCCUUGACCACGAGCGCGUCGACGGCGAGGCCUUCAAUGUCACCAACGACUCCCCCGUGUACUUCUGGGACAUGACUCGGGCAGCCUGGGCCCUGACUGGCAAGGUGGUCGAGCCUCACCAGGUGUGGGAGCUCCCCGAGGAUCUCUUGGGGCCCAUUGGUGGUGUUGCGGAAACGGUGCUGGGACUCUUCGGCAAGACGCCCCGCUUGACGAGACGCAUAGUUCGGUACUCAUGCAUGACGCGCUACUAUUCCUGUGACAAGGCCAAGUACCGACUGGGAUACGAGCCCAUCGUUCCGGUCGAUGAAGGCCUUGCGCGUGCUGUUGGAUAUGUCGUGGAGCGUGAACGGGUGGAGUCCGAGAAGAAGGGGUUGUAA